AUGUUGUAUCAACCCUAUUGGUCUCUUCUUUGUGGACUGCAACUUAUCAAGACAUCAAUGAUCCAAUCUGCAGCAUUUCCGCCAUCACGAGGAGGCAAAUGCAACUGCAACUGCACAUCCGCUCAAGGUAGCUCCAUGGCCAAAGCGCUUCACCGUACAAGUCCAACAAGUCCAACAUGGGUAGGUAGACUAACCCUCCGAUGGAACCACAAUUUCAAGUACUGUACUGUGUGA